AUGUACUCGAUGGGCAUUGCGCUCUCCCGGAGCUCCGUGCUACGUUUACCCCUCCAUCGGAACCCUCGACUGUCAACUCUCAAAGCAACCUACUCCUCGUAUAUAAAUCGUUCGCCUACCAUGGACCAAAGCAUCAAACAGCAUUACCUAGCUGACUCGCCUCCUACGGUGGUCAGACUGGAAAUCAAGUCACACUUUGAUACCCUCAAAGACCAAAACUCAAGAAAAUAUGCGCACUUCAUGAGCAGAGCCGCAUUUGAGGGCACUCGAGUCACCUUGCGACAGGUUUCCCCCGAGUCCGAACCCAUCUACGAUCUCAUCCUGUCACUCUACCAUGCUUCCAAUGGCGAUUGGAACAGCCUUGCACAAAAAACACAAGUCAGCUCCGAAGAUCUCCGUUUCUUCCUCGAAUAUGCGGGUCAAUUCUUGGGAAAUUGCGGAAACUACAAGGGAUUUGGUGACUCAAAGUUUAUCCCUCGGCUGUCCGCAUCUGCGUUCGAGGCUUUGGCCUCGGUCACUGUGGAGACAAAGGCAGCUUUCCAGAAGGCUAGCACCACUGGAGGAGGCAUCUACGAAACCAGUGAACAGUCGAUGAUGCACCUCGGAUACCCCAAGGCUGGCCACAUGACCACUUACUACCCUGAUUCGCCGACGAUCUCGCAGGAGGAGAUCACGGCAAUUGGUGACUUGAUGGAGAAGAAGGGACUCGCAUUGGAGAAUACCAGAAUUCGGAAGACAUCCUCGGGUGAUUUCGAGCUUUUGAUCGCAUCUGGUGUUUCGUCGCCUCCUGUGAAGGACCGGGAUCUUGGUGAUGUAGAUACUUUCGAGCUUGAGGGAGAUCUGAAGGGAAAGACGCUGCGUCUUGUCUUCGGUGAUCAUCAGGAGGAGAUGGCAAAGAUCGCGCACAGCAUCAAGCAGGCGGGGCUUGCGGCUGCAAAUGACAACCAGAAGAAGAUGUUGGAUUCAUAUGCUCUUUCAUUUGGGGCUGGAUCUAUCGAGGCUUUCAAGGAGAGCCAGCGCAUCUGGGUCAAGGACCAAAAGCCCGUGCUGGAGACGAACCUGGGCUUUGUUGAAACAUACAGAGACCCUCAUGGUGUGCGUGGAGAAUGGGAAGGCUUCGUUGCUUUGGUCAAUCUGGAGCGCACCCGAGCCUUUGGUACGCUGGUUGACAGUGCUGAGAGCAUGAUUCCUAAGCUGCCUUGGGGAAAGGACUUCGAGAAAGAUAAGUUCCUCAGCCCCGACUUCACGUCAUUGGAGGUCUUGAGUUUCGCUUGCUCUGGUCUCCCAGCUGGCAUCAACCUGCCCAACUAUGAUGAUAUUCGCCAGAAUCUUGGCUUCAAGAACGUGUCUUUGGGCAACGUUCUCAGCGCCAAGGCCCCUAACGAGGCUAUUCCUUUCAUUGCUGAGAGUGACCAGGAGGUAUACCGCGCAUUCCGGGACCCUGCCUUUGAAGUCCAGGUCGGUAUCCACGAACUGCUGGGCCAUGGAACUGGUAAGCUGUUGCAGGAGACAGAGCCAGGAAAGUAUAACUUUGAUAUUAAGAACCCGCCCAUCAGCCCUGUCACCAACAAGCCCGUUUCGACCUGGUACAAGCCUGGACAGACAUGGAGCUCGGUCUUUGGUUCCAUUGCUUCGUCAUAUGAGGAGUGCCGUGCCGAGUGCGUGGCCAUGGUGCUUGGCUGCGACUUUGGCAUCCUGAAGAUCUUCGGAUUCGGCGAUGGCAAGGAAGACUUGGCCGGCGAGGCCGGCGAUGUCCUGUUUGCAGCCUACCUUUCUAUGGCUCGUGCCGGUUUGGUUGCCCUCGAGUUCUGGGAUCCGAAGACCCAGAAAUGGGGCCAGGCCCACAUGCAGGCUCGUUAUAGUAUCCUGCGCACCUUCCUCGAUGCCGGUGAUGACUUCGUCAAGUUGUCUUACAGCAAGGAGGACCUCUCUGAUCUAGAGAUCCAUCUUGACCGGUCCAAAAUUCUGACUCACGGACGACCUGCCGUGGAGAAGUACCUCCAGAAGCUACAUGUCUACAAGAGUACCGCAGACGUCGAUGCUGGUAAGGGUUUGUACGACGAUAUUACCUCCGUUGACAGCUGGUGGGGAACCACCGUUCGUGGGGUUGUUUUGAAGAACAAGGUCCCACGUAAGGUCUUUGUGCAGGCCAACACUAUACUUGAGGGUGACGAAGUCAGUUUGAAGGAGUAUGAACCCACUCUCGAGGGUCUAAUUCAGAGCUUUGCAGAGCGGACAAGAGGACACGGCACGUGCCAAGGUUUCGAGACGCUCGGACUUACCGCCGCAAUAAUAGAAACCACGGUGUCGCGAGAAACGCCGCCGUCGGACGCAUCAACCACGGCGUUUCCGCCCCAUUCAACCGACUCCCUAGAGGAGGACGACAAUUACUACACUGCACCUCCACCACACUCGCCUGCAUCAGCGUCCAGUUCCUCGCCUGUAUAUCCUCCGCCAUUUUCAUCCCUUAUCUUCUCGUCACUUCCAGACAACAAUCGCCCAUACAAAGUCACUGAACCUGGACCCGCUUGUCCUCCAGCCUUAGCGCCUCUAGCACCUGUCGAGGAGUCGCUCGAGCCGGCCCCAUCUUCGGCGGUUGUUGCUGACACAAAAGCAUCUUUCUCUGAACCAAAAAACGAGGGCUCUUCAGACGACGGUGAACCACCGCCGCCAUAUACAGAAGGCUACAGUCCACUUGAGUCAUUCACCUACGUGAUGGCUGCCGCAGGAGGUGCCUCUAGUAUCAUCACCCAGGUCCAACAGACCGGGGGACCGCCAAUCAACACUCUUGGUGAUAUUGGCGGAGACGAACACGUCGGUCUCGACCUCCGUGGUACCCGGUUUACGCUUUCGCGGGAUGAGCUGUUGACUUUGCCUGAAUUCGUUCUACUUUCUCUCUUCCCCAAUGGCCUCCUCCCGGAUGGACAUGGUACUAAUGGUUUCCAUGACGGUGAUGUAUUCCCGGUUGAUUAUGACCCGGUCUCACUUCAGUACAUGCUGGAUUUCUUCCGAACUGUCGCCCAAACCAUCCCCUCAUCUCUCCCUUCCGGCUCAAACUCACCAGAUUUGGAUAUGUCGGAUGCAAUGCAGGGCUCAGCCCGUGACAUGCUGCAGGACCGUGCUGGCAUCAUUGUUCUCCGAGAGGACCUUGACUUCUACGUAAUCCCCCCUCGAGCCGACAUUGGACACGAUGAAAUGCUUGAAGUCAAGCGGGCGGCUGGUCGGUCGUUGUUGAGACAGGAUGGCAUCUUUUCGGGGCUGCGGAAGAGUGAGGAGAUUGGGUCCACGGAACAGCAUCUUAUUGAAAUGCUGACAGCUGGAGGUUUUGAUCGUGCUGACCAGUGGGGCCACCGUGCCCCAGAGCCUAACAAGGCAGUAAUAUGCAGUCUUGCACUGGCCAAACUCCGCACCGACAUUCGCGGAGACCUGUCAAACAACAAUUCCGUGGGCAUGGCCCAGAAACUUCUCUUGUUUUGGCGGAAGCCUGCCCGCCGCUGCUGGUGGGAGGGUAUUGAGUUGGACGACGUAGAGGGCGUCGAUGGGCCAGUUAAGGUCUGGAUUCGGCGUGUGUGGACUCUGGAGAUGAGUGUUAUUGGGCUCCGAUGA